AUGCAUGAGGAGAUGAGGAGCGACAAAGAGACACACAGCGACUGCGGCGGAGGUAUCACUGCAGACGUCAAGUAUCACUGCAGACGUCAGGUAUCACUGCAGACAUCAAGUAUCACUGCAGACGUCAGGUAUCACUGCAGAUGUCAAGUAUCACUGCAGACGUCAAGUAUCACCGCAGACGUCAGGUAUCACUGCAGACGUCAAGUAUCACCGCAGACGUCAGGUAUCACUGCAGACGUCAAGUAUCACUGCAGACGUCAGGUCUCACCGCAGACGUCAAGUAUCACUGCAGACGUCAAGUAUCACUGCAGACGUCAGGUAUCACUGCAGACGUCAAGUAUCUCUGCAGACGUCAGGUAUGACUGCAGACGUCAAGUAUCACUGCAGACGUCAAGUAUCACUGCAGACGUCAAGUAUCACUGCAGACGUCAGGUAUCACUGCAGACGUCAGGUCUCACCGCAGACGUCAAGUAUCACUGCAGACGUCAAGUAUCACUGCAGACGUCAGGUAUCACUGCAGACGUCAAGUAUCACUGCAGACGUCAAGUAUCACUGCAGACGUCAAGUAUCACUGCAGACGUCAGUAUCACUGCAGACGUCAGUAUCACUGCAGCGACGUCAAGUAUCACUGCAGACGUCAAGUAUCACUGCGCUCAAGACUCAGUCUCACUGCAGACGUCAAGUAUCACUGCAGACGUCAAGUAUCACUGCAGACGUCAGGUAUCACUGCAGACGUCAAGUAUCACUGCAGACGUCAAGUAUCACUGCAGACGUCAAGUAUCACUGCAGACGUCAAGUAUCACUGCAGACGUCAAGUAUCACUGCAGACGUCAAGUAUCACUGCAGACGUCAGGUAUCACUGCAGACGUCAAGUAUCACUGCAGACGUCAAGUAUCACUGCAGACGUCAAGUAUCACUGCAGACGUCAAGUAUCACAGCAGACGUCAAUUAUCACUGCAGACGUCAGGGGCCCAGUUGGAGCCUCAUAAGGACAGUGAGGAGAUACUGUGA